UUAUUGACUUCAGACGGGUUGAGAGUGGGUUUCUUCAGGAGAGGGUUUUCCCAGCUUGUCUUUGUCAAAAUUAGGCUACAUUAAAACAAAUAGUUCUUCAAUAAUUGUUGCUAUUUAAAUGUUUAUCAUUAUGUGUAUGAUAUCAUUAUAUCCCAAUACUGUUAGUCUCUCAAAUGUGAGGAUUUGCUGCUUUUAUUUCAUAGUUUUUUUUUCAGGAUUAAGUGUAGUUGUAUGCGUAGUAUUAGGGAGUCAGGUAGGUUGGGCUCUUACAAUAAAGCACGUGGUUUACAGAUCAGAAGUGCUGUAACCUGAUAAGACUGCAUUGACGUUGUAGCCUGCACAGACAGAUAAUAAUGUAGGUCAAGAAAACAAGAAAACAGCUGAAACUCUUUAUCAGCAAAUUAACUGCAUGUGAGAUGAGGGGGGCUUUGUGUGUAAAUACAGUUUGUUUAAAAAGUCUUGCGGCCUGUGAUGUGGCGGACACGCCUCCUCAGCAUGCUUUUCUGUGGAAGGGGCCUGCGAUAGGGGAGGAGGAGUGGUUGGAAUAACUGUAAUAUGACGCCUACUUUCAGUUUGCUGUCCUUUCUGUUUACCAGACAAACCCAUCAAGGGGUGAAAGGUCACAUUCUUUGCCCUGCGCUUCUCCAAUUGGUCAAUCCGCGUUACAUUGAGCUGGCUUCCUUUUUCCUGUUCGCUGGUUCCGUCUGCCAGGCUUUUGUUUAGCUCUAGAUUUAAAGCUAACCGGUCCGCUCCGGCUAAUACACUCUUCUAAAGUAGACGCUUGUGGCUCGACAGGAUAUUGUGAAACAUUAUCUCAUGCAAAGGCAUCACCCAGAUCUCUGCAGCAACGGUUUAUAGGCUCUCUGCCUAAUUUACUGCUACUCAAGUGAAAGAGGUCAACUUCUUUACGUCUUUGUUCUCUGCAGCCAACCUGCACCUUCCGUCAGCCCCAGGAGCCGCCCAGCAUUUCCAGAGAGAUGGCUCAUUCUUCCCAGGAAGUUUCUGCUCCAGACGGGUUUCCACGGCGUGGUCGAGGCUCCUCGUAUUCGCUGGCCUCAAAGACCUCCCGUGGAGUUUCCUCUCAGAACCGUGGCGGAGAAACAGAGAUGCUAGAGCGGCUUCUGAAUAAGCCAAAACUGGUGGUGUUGGAGGAGCCCAAGGAGAGAGGCAUGAGGUUUCGCUAUGAAUGUGAGGGACGCUCGGCCGGCAGCAUCCUGGGGGCGACCAGCACUGAAACCAACAAGAGUCAACCUGCGAUAGAGAUUCAAGGUCCCAUUGACCACUUAAAGAGGGUCACAGUCACGGUUUCCUUAGUGACCAAAGACCCUCCACACCGGCCUCACCCCCACUGCCUUGUGGGUAAAGACUGCCCAAACGGUUCAGGAAUCUGCGUGGUCACGCUCAAUCCUCACAGCAACCGACGUCACAGCUUUGCUAACCUCGGUAUCCAGUGUGUGAGGAGGAAAGAGCUGGACGUUUCACUUCAGAAAAGAAGAAACCAAAAUAUCGACCCCUUUCAAACUGGUCACUCAAAGGGCAUUGAAGACAUGGACAUGAACGCUGUGCGUCUGUGUUUUCAGUGCGAGUUUGAAUGGGAAGAUGGCAGAAAAGACUGUCUCAGCCCAGUGGUGUCCAACCCCAUCUAUGACAAGAAGGCGACGACUACAUCACAGCUGAAGAUCGGCCGUUUUAACCAGUACAGAGGUUCCUGCACCGGCAAGACGGAGAUCUACAUGUUGUGUGACAAAGUUCAGAAGGAUGAUAUAGAGAUCAUCUUCAGGCGAGGGUCAUGGAAGGCGAGCGGGGAGUUUGCCCAGACAGAUGUGCACCGGCAAAUUGCCAUUGUGUUUAAGACUCCGCCCUACCAGGACCAGGAUAUCACAGCGGAGGUUGAAGUCAGAGUGCUUCUGCGUCGCCUCUCAGACCAGAUGGAGAGCGAGUCUGUUACCUUCACGUACCUGCCACACAACCCAGAUCCAUAUGAGGUGAAGCGGAAGAGAAAGAUAAAGUCAGACAUCAACUUCAGUGAGAAACCUUGUGUGACUGCCGAGAGUGCACCUGCAGCAGAGCAGCCCUUCCACACUCAGCAGCCUCAAACCAUGAUGGCUCCUAACGAGAGGCUUUGUGCUUCCCAGCCGGGGGCCUCUGCUUUAGGGGAAAUGGGUUACAACGAGCCCGAGGACUCAAACAAUGGCACCGAUGCAACAGCAAUCCUGAAUCAGUUGCUAGAAAUGCCUGUACUAUGGGACAUGAUUUCCGACUCCAGCUUUACCUCAUCCAUGCCCUCUAGCUUUGAGCCGGUGACCGAUGCCGGCUCCACGUUUGUCAACCAGGAUAUGAACUUGAACCAGAACUUUGGCUCGUACACGCAGGACUUUUCCCAUUACAGCGACUUGCAGUUCAACAUGCUCGUCAAUGAGAUCCAGACUCCGCAGUCAGAGGGCCGGGACAGCCCCUCCAACAUGGUUCAGGUGAAGACAGAAGAGGAGCUGUGAGGACUGAAUAGUCAGAUUUGUGAAAUGCCUAUACGCUCUCUCCGUCCACUGAAAAGUCCACUUUGGCACUUUGGAAAAUAUGCUUAUUUGCUUUCUUGCAGAGGGUUAGACGAGAAGAUAGGUACCACCCUCGUAUGAAAGAAUGUUUAGCAUUUCCUGAAAUGUGUAACUUCCCCCUUGACACCUCUGGAUUUAGUCCCAAACAAGAUUAUGUUGUCCCUCAAUCCAAGACUACUGCUUCGGCUGAUUGCACUGUGAAAUGUGUUUACCCUCUCACUAAAUCCAUAUCUUUGUUUGGAGUCCUUGCUGGUCAAGGCUUUAGCAACCAGCAGGAGCAGGUUAACAUUCCUGCUUGUGUGCUGGUAAAUGCUGCCAACACUAAUCAUCAAAUUCUCAGUCAGCGUGGAAUUUUAAAAAGGGAGUUCAAGAGUCUAUAUUUAACGUGAAACAAUAGAAACCCGCCCAUUAUUUGCCUUCUAUUGUAGUAAAUAAUUGGUGAGGUAAACUUUAAUAUCUGUCGUAUAAUUAUUGUCUACGGUCUAUUUUAUGUGCUUCCGCCAAGAAGUAUAAGAUUUUAGUUGUAACACAAAGUCUCAAGUACAGUAGUUUCAGAUCUGCUCUUCACAUUAUUCUUGCCUUGUAUCACUCUGUUGAUGUGACCUCCACACCAGCUGGAUUGUUUAAUAAUUAAUCUACUUAAACACAAUAGAAACCAGUCCUCCUUGUGUCAGUUCCUGCUGUUGUGCAGUUUCACUCUUGUGCUAAACAUUCAAACUUCCACUCGCAGCUCGUCACGAAUCCAACUCUGCCCGUCUCUGUAGUAUCGUAGUGUCUAUUUCAGAAAAUAAACAAUAAAAUGUCAGACUGUG